UGCAAAAGGACAAUUUGUGCAAGACUGUAAAGCCUAUUGCAGCAUGCUCAGACGUUAUUCUGACAAAACAUGUCACAACGCCUGUGAAUUCCAAGGUCAGAGGAAGAAUCACUGUGUAUGUAUUCCUGACACUGCUGGUUUGGAUCACUCACACCACUGAGCGGCAGCGGUUUGUCUCUUAGACUUGACUAUAGUUCCCUGAUCUACAAAAACAAAACACAGUUUGUGACAGCUAAUGAUGGAGGAAGAACUCACUUAUUCUACAGUGGUUUUCAAUAACACACCUCCUCCUCCAAAAGGGCAACAUGCGGAGCAGACAGUUUAUUCUGAAGUCAAAUGUAAAGUUCCUGCUACAGAUAAAAACAUCACCACAGCAGCAGGUGGCAAAGCAGCUGAACGGUCUAAGAUAGUCUGUCUGUUGGCUGUCUGUCUGGGGAUUUUGUGCGUCCUUCUUCUGGCCAGCAUUGCAAUCAUCAUCUACUUCAGUGUGGUGGCGAAUGCACCAAACACAAACAUCAGUGACCUCAGAGGAGAAAAUCAGCAGCUGAUGUCACAGCAGACGGUCUUACAGCAUGACAAAGAUGAGCUGAGCAGACAGAUAGAGGGUCUGAACUGGACCAUGGAAGUCAUCCUUCAGUUUGACAACUUUCCAGUGACACAAUACUGUCCAGAAAGAACGUGCAACCAGUGUCGAACUGGCUGGAUUCUGUUCCAAGAGAAAUGCUACUUGUUUUAUGAAUGGUGGCCUUGGAAGACAUGGGAAGAUAGCCAAAAAUACUGUCAAGAAAACGCAGCAGAUCUGGUGGUUAUUGAGAGUCUCCAAGAACAGGAAUUCAUCCAUAAUCACACUGAGUACUAUUAUGACAUGUAUCAUGGAUACUGGAUCGGUUUACGAAGAACUUCUCAAAACUACUGGCAGUGGGUUGAUGGACAAAAUGACACUCUCGGGUUCUGGGCGAACAGACAAUCAGACAGAGUGUACACCCUCCUGAACCCAAACAAGCAUCUCACAAAAAGCUGGGAAAAACAAAACAACUAUUUUGUCAACAAACUUCUUUGUGAGGCGAAAGUCCUGUUUAAGUCUUAUCAAUGACCUUUUUGCCUUGCUGUUUGGUUUGUCACGGUGUGUGUCUGUGGACAGAACUUACAAACCUAUGUACUGCUUUUUAUCAAGUUGUUUUGUUAAUUCUUUUGUUCUUUAACACAUAUGAUAAAGUGUUUUGGAGUCUU